GUGGCUGAUCCAGUGGUAUCAUUCUGUGAGACAGUUGUUGAAGCAUCUUCACUUCGGUGUUUUGCAGAGACCCCGAAUAAGAAAAACAAGCUGACAAUGCUCGCAGAUCCUCUUGAGAAAGGGCUCGCAGAAGAUAUAGAGAAUGGGGUUGUCAGUAUUGACUGGCCGACACGAAAGCUCAGUGACUUCUUCAUGACCAAGUAUGACUGGGAUAUUCUUGCUGCUCGUUCCAUAUGGGCCUUCGGUCCAGACAAACAGUUGUAUUGCAACUUACUCUUCUAUGUGACUUUGACUAGUUUGUGGCACAAGUGUUUGAUUGUUCGACUUGUCUAGUGAAAAUGCACAUCGAGAAGAUGAAUGUGUGGGCACUGCUCGCUCUCGACCACACAGACGCAAAUUUUAAACUGUCGUAUUGUGUUUCUGGUUAUUGGAAUAGCAUUUUAUGCU